GAUCGGACCCUUAUUGUUUGGCGGGGGGGAGUUUUAGUUGGAGCUUCUGCACUGCGCAAUGGCGGGGUGAUCCGAAAGAGCAGAGCGAACGCGCAAAAGCCCAAAACUGCCCCUCCAUCGCCUUACUCAUUCAGCACGCCUUGCCACGCCCUUCAGCGCCCUUCCGCGCCCUCAGCAUCCUUCAGCCUUGUCCUUGUUGGCUGCUCAGCAGUUUCUGUUCUGCUACACCUCAGCCUAAACUGAUCUCAUGGUCUUUGAAGGGUCCCUGUGCAGGCUCAUACUCCAUUCGCAUCUACAGUCGUGAUUUGUCAAACGAUUACUGAAACACCUUCACAAUGGCGUCGGACCCGUUUGAAGACGUCCUGAAUUUGGAGGACGGAUAUUAUGAACAGGGGUAUACUCAGGGGUAUGAAGAUGGCUACCAAUCUGGCAAGAUCGAAGGUCGCUCUGUCGGGCUCAAGUCGGGCUACGAGAAGUUCCUAGAGGCAGGCCGUCUACAGGGCAAAGCCAUAGUCUGGGCCAACCGCCUGUCCAAUCUACGCGGAGCCGCCGGUGCAGCGAGUGGGCCUCGAUCUUCUACAAGACAGGCAGCCGCAGAAUUGCAACUGCCACCACUGGCCAGCAAUGCGAGGUUAGAAAAGAACGUCAGCUCACUACAUGCACUCGUCGAGCCCGGGACCUUGUCUGCCGAGAAUAACGACGAGGCCGUCAACGACUUUGAUGAUCGCUUCAAGCGGGCUCAGGGAAAGCUGAAGAUCGUAGAGAGGAUGCUCGGGGAAGAUGCUGAGAAGGCCGAUCCCAAACAAAGUCCACCUCCACCUCGAAAUGAGAUAUGAAACCGAGUUCCCAUCUCGAAUGGAAACCUACACCUACACCUCCAUCGGCUUGCAGUCUCCCCCCAAGAGACUUGCACUGCCUCACCACCGCACCGCAAGGGCAUUCGUUCGCUGAAGCGCACGUCAUUGGCCAAGUCAAAUCCUCCCGCCCAACGAACAGGUCGUGCACAGCUACCGAAGACACUGAGUCUUAGUCUUACGGUAAGGAAUCAUAUGUCCGAGUCUGCAAAGGGACAUUCG